CAUGGAUUUGUUUUAAUCUACUGUGUCAUUCUGUUCAAUAAGCAUUGAAAUAGAAAUAUUUUGUUCCACUAUCAAACAUCUCAAAUUAUUUUAUAGUUUCUAUUUAUCAUCAUACAAUCCUUGAUCGAUUCAACAAAAAGCGGUAAUGGGUGCUAACACUAGUUCACAGAAAGGCUCUUCGGAAACUGACUUGUUACAAACAUGUUCAGGUCAUUCAGUUGGAAUUAACUGUUUGGCAUUACAUGAAGAAACUCCACUGUUAUUAGCUUCUGGAUCAGACGAUGGUGUAAUCUGUUUAUGGCGGUCAGAAUCAACAGAUGACUCAUCAAAACUGAUAUGUGCACACUGUCUAAAUGAUCAUCAAGGAUAUAUAACUGGAUUAGCGUUUCACAAAGCUUAUCUUAUAUCAGCAUCUUCAGAUAGUACUAUACGCAAAUGGAAUUACGAAAUAGGAAAAUGUGUAUCUGUAUUUAUAGGUCAUACUGACGUCGUGAGAAAAAUUUUUUGUGUCAAUGACUAUAUUCUAAGUGCAUCACAAGAUAAAACAGCUAUAUGUUGGAAUUUCCAAACUGGUGCUAUUUUGAAUACUUUCAAGGGACAUACACGUCUGGUCAAUGCAAUUACCUAUUAUGGUAGCGUAGUGAAUGUGCUUCGAAACAAUGAAAUUGUUUCAACUGCUGGUUAUUUUGAGCAUAUUUAUACAGGAUCAGCUGAUCGUACAGCUAAAUCAUGGAAUCUUAAAACUUCAAAAUGUGUCAUCACUUUUCUAGGUCACACUCAACCAAUUACAUCAAUAGAAACUUUUAAAGAUGGUGAAAUUUUGUUAACUUCAUCAAUUGAUAAUACUGUACGCAGCUGGUUCACGGAAUCUGGAGUACCACAGUAUAUAUUUGUUGGUCAUAAAGGGACAAUAGUUUCUAUGCAUAUAAACGGUAACAAUAAAAUGUUAUAUACAGGAAGUAUUGAUCAUACAGCAAGAUCAUGGUCUAUUGAAACUGGUAAACCGAUAAGAACUUUUGCUAAACACAGUCGUACAGUAAAUUAUGUAAGAAACUAUGAAGGAAUGCUGAUAACUGCAUGCAGUGAUGGCUAUGUGAGGUUUUUCGAUGAAAAAACAGGAGAACUUUUGAAAAUGCUGAUUCAUCCAAACAAGGAGGGUUGCGUUACAUUUGAGAUUUAUGGUAACUACUUAUUCUCUGCAUCAAAUGAUGGUAAACUGUAUGUAUGGAAUUACUAUGAUGAAAAAACUAUGAAAAGAGAAAAUUCAAAUGACAGUUAAUUAUCGGUUCACUGGUUAACUGAUUGAUUUAAAAUUAACUGUUGAUAAAUACAUAUCAAUUCACAAAUCAAUAUUGAUCAUAAAAUGUUUUAAACUGUUAAAG